AUGGAGAUUCAUUUCAAUUCUGUUUCAUUCUUGCUUUUCUUUUUCCUCCUCUUAGUUAUUUUCGUUCGAAAAUCGAAAAAAACUAAGCAAAGAUGGCCACCAGGUCCAUGGAAAUUGCCUAUUAUUGGAAGCAUUCAUCACCUUAUUGGAGCACUUCCACAUCAUGUUCUUAGAAACUUAUCAAGAAAAUAUGGACCACUAACGCACCUGCAGUUAGGGGAAAUAGAUGUGGUUAUUGUAUCGUCUCCACAUAUGGCAAAACAAGUACUAAAAGUUCAUGACCUUUCUUUUGCAGCAAGGCCAGAGCUUAUGGCAUCUGAUAGAGUCUUUUAUAGUAAAAAUGACAUUGUAUUUGCAAGAUACGGUGAUUACUGGAAACAAAUUCGUAAAAUAUGCAUUUCAGAGUUACUUAGUGCAAAGAUGGUCAAGUCGUUUAGUUUAAUUCGACAAGAUGAGGUUCAUGAUCUUGUUACAUCAAUUUGUUCUACGCCAAAUGUUGUGGUUAAUAUGUCUGAAAAGGUUCUUAGACUUACUAGCUCUGUUAUAUGUAGAUCAGCUUUCGGAAAAGUAUGGGAUGAUACCAAAUUAUGA